UCGUCGCGGCCCCACCGAGUAAUGUGAAAUUUAUAUAAAAUUCACAAAUGUACCGAUAUUCUGAAAGAAUUAUACUAUUAUUUUAUAAUACUUUGUAAAUAAAGCGACUGCAUUAAUAAUUAAGUGAUAAAUAAUUAGAUGCAAGUGUCGAAGUGAUCAAUCCCCAUGCACAUCUAUCCGCUGCUCGCUAAAUAGCUUUCGAUCGGAUUUUCGCACGUUUGACAAUAAGUGUUGUGAGUUCCUGAAAGGUUCUUGUGCCGGUAGUACGUAUUCGAGUGCAAACGACGAGAAUCAGUGUUGUGGUGCAUUGCGGUGCAGUGCAGUGCAGUGCAGGUUCGCGAUGGAACAGUGAGCCAGCGGUCGGGGUGCGGCGCCAGGGGUCCCAGGGGGGGUCAUGCUGGAGACGCGGUCGGUGCGCGCCGCUGACUCGGUGUGGGCGAACAAGCCGCUGCCGGCGCCGCACGCCAUGGCUAAUGCUAGGCACGGGAAGAAUGCUCAGGACGACGUGUGCUAUGUGGUGGCGAAGUACGACUACGCGGCGCAGGGCGCUCAGGAGCUGGACCUGCGCAAGAACGAGCGCUACCUGCUGCUCGACGAUUCCAAGCACUGGUGGCGCGUGCAGAAUGCGCGCAGCCAGUCCGGUUAUGUGCCCAGCAAUUACGUCAAGAAGGAAAAACCCUCUCUUUUCGACAGUAUCAAAAAGAAGGUGAAAAAGGGUUCGGGCUCGAAGACCUUACCGUCGAAUAGUUCCCCGGUGCGGGGCGGGCCGGAGUCCCCGGGCGCGGGCGGCGCGGGGCCGGGCGGGCGGCGCGCGGAGCCCGUGGACGCGCUCGGCACCGCCGUCGUCAAGUACAACUACCAGGCGCAGCAGCCCGACGAGCUGUCCCUCACCAAGGGCACCAGGAUACUCAUCCUAGAGAAGAGCAACGACGGCUGGUGGCGCGGACAGUACCAGGGACACACGGGAUGGUUUCCAUCGAACUACACGAGUGAAGAAGGCGACAAUGAAGAUCCGGUGCACACGUACGCAAUGGCGGAGAAUGUCCUCGACAUUGUGGUGGCGCUGUACUCGUUCACGUCCAACAACGAGGCGGAGCUGUCGUUCGAGAAGGGCGACCGGCUGGAGAUCGUGGAGCGCCCGCCCUCCGACCCCGAGUGGUACCGCGCCCGCGACUCGCGCGGACAGGUCGGCCUCGUGCCGCGCAACUACCUGCAGGAGCUCGCCGACUACCUCACGCAGCCCUACUGCGAGGCGAACGAGGGCGGGCGCGGCGCCGGUAAAGGCGCGAGCGGGGGCGCGGCGGGAGGCGCGGGCCCCGCCCCGCUCGGCCGCGCCUGGUACUACGGCGCCAUCACCCGCAUGCACUGCGACACGCUGCUCGACCAGCACGGACACGACGGCGACUUCCUCAUCCGGGACUCCGAGACCAACGUGGGCGACUACUCGGUGUCGCUGAAGGCCCCGGGGCGCAACAAGCACUUCCGCGUGCACGUGGAGGGCAGCCUGUACUGCAUCGGGCAGCGCAAGUUCCCCACGCUGGACCAGCUGGUGGCGCACUACCAGCGCGCGCCCAUCUACACCAACAAGCAGGGCGAGAAGCUCUACCUCGUGCGCCCGCUGCCGCGUCCCGCCCCGCAGUGCUGAGCCCCGCCCCUACCUGCCCCGCACUGCCGGCCGAGCCGCGCCCCGCAGUGCCGAGCCCCGCCCCGCCCCGCAGUGCUGUGCCUAACGUUUCAUCGUACACGGAAAAAUGGAUAAAGUUUAUGUGGUAUCAAUGGAAAACAAUGUCAAUUGAUGAAAGCUUGAAUACCACUCGAACCAUCAAGCAACUUCUUCUUCAAAGUCUUCAAUACUAUCUGAUACACUUUCACCUGCUGCCUGCGCUUUCUCAUAUACAUCACAAUGUACUCACAUCACAUAUCCUCUCAUAUAUAACGUUAUACACACCAAUAUGCCAGAUGUCAUUUUGACACCACUCCAAAGUUGCCAUUUUAACAUCAUUUUAUAGUUAUUCAUUUUAUGGAAUUUUUGAAAUUUUAAUUUAUUUUUUUACAUUUACAUAUUUUUUGAACAUUUAUGCAUAAAUAUGGUGUCAAAAUAAUUGUGUAAUCUUCCAUUAGAUAUAAAUGAAUGUGCUGUGAUGACACUACAUCAUGUCAUUUACUGAAUAUAACAACUGCAUAAAUAAAUAUAAAACACCAUACACAUACAUUUCAGCUACAACACAGAGUCUUAUUCAACUUAGAAAUUUAUUGUAUUUCGUUUUAAAUCGUCAGUGAAUAAGUUUAACUACGUCAGAUCAUCACUUGUAAUUAUUAUUGAAAUAAGACGUUAGCAACUUUUAUGUAAUAUAUUUAUAUAAUAAGAUGAUUAAAGCAAUAACUUAAAUAUGAUAACAACUAACAUCUUCAUGAACUUUCAUCUAUUUCUCAUGUAUUUUAUGAUUAUUGCAUUUAUAUCUGUUAGAAUAAAAUAUAAAAAUAAAUUGAAAGGCCUAUAGCAUA